UAUUAAGCUUCCGUCAUUGGGAUGCUCUUCCUUGGGGGUGUUGCUCUCGCUUGGGCGACGAUUAAUGACGUCAUAGCCAAUCCCCUGUCAGCAACCCGGUAGGUCCCGUUGAUUUGAGAGUCUUGUGGUCGUGGGCGCACAUUCCCCUCCCUUCUCACAGGGCCACUCGCUUCUCGGCACUGCUCAGCCCCAAGAAGCGCCUGCGGCUCGGCGUAGGACUUGAGUCCGUCCGGCUCAGCACCCGCCGGAAGGGGCAGGCCAGGUUGCUAUGGCGCUCGCCCAUACCGCCUUCUUUUGCUUGCGUCAUCGCCAGUCGCCGGAAGUUGUGUCCUGCACUAGCCGGGCUGAGGAAAAUGGCAGCGGCCAAGCGGAACGUUCUGUCGUCGUUGGCGGUUUACGCGGAGGAUUCCGAGCCUGAGUCCGACAGCGAGGCCGGCCCGGCGGGGAGCGACGGCGGGGCGGCAGGGGAAGAAAAAGGAGGUCUGGUGUCAGAAGCAUAUGGUGAAGAUGAUUUCUCUCGUUUGGAGGAAGAUGAGGAUGGGUAUGAGGAAGAAGAUGAUGAAAACAGUAGACAUUCAGAAGAUGACGAUUCAGAGACUGAAAAACCUGAGGCUGGUGACCUAAAGGAGUUUUCAGAAAUAGAGAAACGAGAUCCCCAGGAGCUGGUUGCCUCCUUCUCAGAGCGAGUAAGAAAUAUGUCUCCAGAUGAAAUCAAAAUACCACCAGAACCUCCAGGCAGGUGUUCCAAUCAACUACAGGAUAAGAUUCAAAAGUUGUACGAUAGGAAGAUAAAAGAGGGUAUGGACAUGAACUACAUCAUUCAGAGAAAGAAGGAAUUUCGUAAUCCCAGCAUCUACGAAAAGCUGAUCCAAUUUUGUGCAAUCGACGAACUUGGUACAAAUUAUCCCAAGGACAUGUUUGACCCUCAUGGGUGGUCUGAAGAUUCCUACUAUGAGGCUCUAGCCAAAGCACAGAAGAUUGAAAUGGACAAACUGGAAAAGGCCAAGAAGGAACGUACAAAGAUUGAAUUUGUAACCGGCACUAAGAAGGGCACAACAACAAAUGCUUCAUCCACCACAACUACAACAGUCAGCACUGCUGUUGGAGAUGCUCAAAAGAGAAAGAGUAAGUGGGACUCUGCCAUCCCAGUAACAACCAUAGCUCAGCCCACCAUCCUCACCACCACCGCAACAUUGCCAGCUGUUGUCACAGUAACCACCAGUGCAAGCGGCUCCAAAACCACCGUUAUCUCUGCUGUUGGCACCAUAGUGAAAAAAGCAAAGCAGUGACAAGUGCACAGAAACUUGACCUGGGUUUCCAGAUUUGAAUUAUCAUUGACAGCACUGCCCUUUGGAAGGGGGAACAACGGGGUCACCCUUAUUCCUUAAGUGCAAAAUGGCAAGACUUGAAAACAGACAGACACCACCACCCCAACAUGCACCUCCCAGCCCCCGAUAAGGGAAGUGGAGGAAGCAGGAACAUCAGGUGUGUGCACACGGGACUGACCUUCAUAGAAAGGAGUUUCUCCGUCCCUUGUGUCACUGCUGGAAUAGCCAGUCACUGUAUAGUGUGCUAGAGAACGUUGGUGUGCAAUGUGUCAGCUUGUAAAUGUUAGCUCAUUAUUAUUAUUACUUCUGUGUCUGGCAGGGUCUUAUCCCUACUGGAAUUCUGAAUUUUAAAAAUAAAUGGGAAAAUGUCAGGCAUUCCCUUA